AUGGCGACUACUUCUCUCUCCCACGUAUACACAGACACCCACCUCCACUACACCCACAUCGUCCCUCUUGAUUUCGCCGCCGUCGACGAUCUGCCGGAGUCUCACACGUGGACAAAUACCCACACGACACGUGCCGGAGGAGGAGGGUUACACUUACCGGCGGCGGUUCCGACGAUCAACCUGAGAUCUCCGAGCGCGGCGGCGCUCGUGGGGGACGCGUGCCGGGAGUGGGGGAUGUUUCAGGUGACGAACCAUGGGGUUCCGGCGGGACUCGUUGAGGAUGUGGAGGCGCAUGCGCGGCGGCUGUUCGAGCUUCCGGCGGAGCAGAAGCUGAAGGCGGUGAGGGCGCCGAACGGCGCCACCGGGUACGGGGUGGCGCGUAUAUCGCCGUUCUUUACGAAGCUGAUGUGGCAUGAGGGUUUCACAAUCAUGGCUGGGUCGGCGGUUGAGCAUGCGAAACUGCUUUGGCCACUUCACUAUCAUGAGUUUUGUUGCAGGGAUGCGAUGGACAAUUAUCAAAAAAAGAUGAAAUCACUAGCCUACAAACUCUUCCUCAUCAUCCUCAAAUCAUUGGGCUACGACGAAGACAAUCAAGAAACGAGUUUACUAUCGGCUUCUCUUAACCAAUCCGAGGGUGCACUGCAGUUAAAUUCCUACCCUAGUUGUCCAAACCCUAGUCGAGCGAUCGGGUUAGCCCCACACACGGAUUCUUUGCUUCUAACAAUCCUUCACCAAAACGACACAAACGGACUCCAAAUAUUCCGGGAGGGCGGUGUGGGGUGGGUCCCGGUUACUCCAUUGAAAGGAGCCCUGGUGAUCAAUGUAGGUGAUCUCAUGCACAUUUUAUCGAACGGGUGUUUCCCCACGGUGUACCACCGUGUGGUUCCGAACGAGACUAGGCGGCAUAGGUUUUCGGUUGCGUACUUCUAUGGGCCUCCGGCGGAUUCCACCGUUGCACCGCUGGUGGCGGUGGGGCGGCAGUUUCCUCGUUUUAGGGCGGUGACGGUGAGAGAGUAUAUUGGUCUCAAGAACAAACAUCUUGAGAAGGCUAUUGGUUUGAUUAAGAUUUGA